CCACCUUGCAUUUCAAAUACUAACUCUCAUUCAUACUCACUCUUCCAAGAGAGUAAGCAGCAUUCAAGUGUCUUGACAACUUUCACAAUGGCCUCUGCUACUCUCCUCAAAUCCUCAUUCCUUCCCCGGAAAACCGAAUGGCUUAACACUGCCCGGCCAAACACUAACAAGUCCUCUGCUGUCGUCUUUUCUGUUCGCGCAGGCUCUUAUGCUGAUGAACUUGUUAAAACUGCGAAAACUAUUGCAUCGCCGGGUAGAGGAAUUUUGGCUAUGGAUGAAUCCAAUGCAACUUGCGGGAAGCGUCUUGCAUCCAUCGGCUUGGAGAACACAGAGGCCAAUAGACAGGCUUAUCGAACUCUACUUGUUACCCCUACAGAGUUAGGAAAUUAUAUCUCCGGAGCAAUUCUUUUUGAGGAAACACUUUAUCAAUCUACCACAGACGGAAAGAAGAUUGUCGAUGUUCUUGUUGAACAAAAAAUUGUGCCAGGAAUCAAAGUUGACAAGGGUCUGGUACCACUAGCAGGAUCAAAUGAUGAAUCAUGGUGCCAAGGAUUGGAUGGCCUUGCAUCACGGUGCGCCGCAUACUAUCAGCAAGGAGCACGAUUCGCUAAAUGGCGUACUGUGGUUAGCAUUCCGAAUGGUCCAUCGGCUCUUGCAGUAAAAGAAGCCGCUUGGGGACUAGCACGCUAUGCCGCCAUUUCACAAGAUAAUGGCUUGGUACCAAUUGUUGAGCCUGAAAUACUUUUGGAUGGACACCAUGGCAUUGAGAGAACCUUUGAAGUUGCACAGAAAGUAUGGGCAGAAGUGUUCUUCUACAUGGCUGAAAACAAUGUCAUGUUUGAAGGUAUACUUCUCAAGCCAAGCAUGGUAACUCCUGGUGCUGAAUGCGAAGAGAAAGCAACACCAGAACAAGUGGCUGAAUACACUCUGAAGCUCCUUAAAAGGAGAAUUCCACCUGCCGUUCCUGGCAUCAUGUUCUUGUCUGGAGGACAAUCUGAAGUGGAGGCAACACUGAAUUUGAACGCGAUGAACCAAAGUCCAAACCCGUGGCACAUCUCAUUUUCAUAUGCAAGAGCACUGCAGAACACUUGCCUGAAGACGUGGGGAGGAAGGCCGGAGAACGUCAAGGCUGCACAAGAUGCUCUGCUUCUUCGGGCGAAGGCGAAUUCACUUGCUCAGCUCGGGAAGUACAGCGGCGAAGGCGAGUCUGCAGAGGCCAAAAAAGGCAUGUUUGUCAAGAACUGGUCCUAUUAAGGACCGAAAGAUAGUGAAUGUUUUAUUGAUACAGAACUUUGCCUGGAUUUCAAUCUAGUAGUAAUUCAUGUAUCUGAAGAACUUAAUAUGGUGUAUUUGUCAUUGAGACACUUGAAACUAUGAUAUGAGAGCAUGUAGUUUGAGAAUUUCAAGUGAUCUGCAACCAGAGAAGGUUACUGUCUUAAAAUUCAGUUUGA